AUGCUGUUCAACAUCGCCUUGCUGUUCAAUGUUGCUGGGGCCGUCGCAGCGGUGAAUGGGCCAAAGCCAUUUUCACUCCCGUCAAGCAAGAGCCCAGGCCGAGCCGCCGCAAUCGAAAAGACGCGUCAAGGUUUCCAGUACGGAACGGAUGAUACUCUUAUUCGCGUCAACCCAUGGCCUUCGGGACCGCUUGGGAAGAAAGCCGUCAAGGCGCACUACAGUGCUUUUGAGACGUCUGAAACACCUGUCUACAAGCAUGCCGAUGAGGAUACUGCCCAAGCCCAGGCGUCCCUCAAUGGGACACUCCACUUAGAUUCCCUCGAAGACUAUUUCAAGCUCUACGAUGGCCAGUGGCAGAAAAGCGUUCCAGACGGACUCGCCGAUGGAGUCCUCCUCAAUGCCAAGUCCGAUCUGUCGUUCUCCAUGGAGCGCCUCUCUGUACACCCCGAAAGCCUACGACGUGUCAAACCCGAUGAGCGCGUAGCCCUCCGCGUCGAAGACAGGCUUGCACGCAAGAUCACAACAAAGACACAGCGCUCUCUCCAGAGAGAAGGGCGUCUUUUCAUCGUGGAUCACAGCGAUCUGGCGAAUCUGACUUUGACAAAGGGUCGCUACGCUGGUGCUUGCGAGGCGCUAUUCUUCAUUCAUCCUGUCUCACAGGAAUUCUUACCUCUGGCCAUUCGUCCCAACAACGGCUCGCCUUUGAUUUAUACCCCUCUCGAUGAAGAGAAUGACUGGACUCUGGCCAAGAUAUUGCUCAACUCGAAUGAUGUCUGGCACAACCAGUGGUAUCACAUGGCCGCAGCUCACAUCUCUUCCGACCUCAUCUACAUGUCGGCUACCCGGUCAUUCAGCGACAUGCAUCCAGUCUGGGGUCUGAUCCGUCGCCUGGGCGUAAACUCUUUCGCAUACCGAGUGGGAGCUAGCGCAUCUCUAGUCAAUCCCGGCGGCGAUAUUGAGAAGAACUUUGCUUGGAAUGGUGACCAGGCUAUCGAGUACAGCAAACAGUUGUGGCGGUCUGAAUGUGCUCCCUGGCGGGCGAAUUAUCUCGAAGAGAAGCUCACGCGCCGGGGCCUGAUAAACUGCGAAUACGGUCCUGAGUUGAAGUCAUUCCCAUACUACGAGGAUGCUUCAGUCAUCCUAGGUGCUCUGCGAACCUUUAUAACCGAGUACGUUAACGCAUACUAUCCUUCGGACGAUGCCAUCACCGCGGACAAGGAACUCCUCGCAUGGUUCCAUGAAGCAGCUGAUGCCGCCGAUAUCGUUGAUUUCCCAGCUUCCAUCUCUACUAAAUCCGAACUGGUCGCCGUGCUGUCUCAUCACGCCUAUCUCAUCUCGAUUCUCCAUGGUUCACUGAAUAGCAACAGUCUUGUGCAUUACAGUGCCGUUCUGCCAAUGCACCCGCUAUCACUUUACCGACCGCUGCCGGAGAAAAAGGGCAUCUCUAGCCUUGUACCGUUUCUUCCAGACUUGGAAGCCUCGAUACAGCACAUCGCGCUGGUCGCUACGUUUAACCAAGCACAGAUUGCUGAUACUCCUGAUUCGCUGCGUUUCCUUUUCAACGAAGCUGAGUUCUAUUCCCGCAUCAACAAGGAAGCACGUGCAGCUGCCAAAGCGUAUUCGGCGACUUUGUCCAAGUUCAGCAAACAAGUCAAGGGGAGAAAGAUUAGGGGCGAUGGACGUAGUCAAGGAAUGCCGUUUGUGUGGAAUGUCUUUGAUCCAAGCACGGGGCCGGGAAUCCUUGCCGCCUAA